CACAGCAGACCACAGGGCUAGCGUACAGCUCAUUGUGCGCUUGCAUCCGUGUUCUCACGCCUAGCUGCGAGCGCAGCGUCUCCGCGAUCACUCACGCCGCCAUGAACGCACUCUACAGCUCUAUCCUCCUGAACCAGAUGCUCUUCCACCUGGUCCCAGUGUGCGAGGGCUCGAUGCAGACGCUGAUCGGUAAAACCGGAGAGUCGGUUACUCUGCCCUGCCGCUAUGACAUCAUAGCUAACGGGCCCACGCACAUGUGCUGGGGGAGAGGCGAGGUUCCCUGGUCCAAAUGCAGCAACACAAUCGUUUCCACCGACGGAGAAAAAGUGACCUUCAGCGAAUCGGACAGAUACCGGUUACAGAGCGGGGUUCAGGAGGGAGACGUGUCGCUGACCAUCAUCAACGUGACGGAGAACGACUCCGGGAUCUACGGGUGCAGGGUGAAGAUUCCAGGCCAGUUCAACGACCUGAAACACAACAUCUAUUUGAAUAUUGUGAAAGGAAAUCAAGGGACAAUUCAGUUUACAACCACUGAGAAUGCUCCUGACAGGACAACAGCAGGGGAGGGGACAACUCCACCUGCAGACACGGGGAACUCAGACGUCCCGGUCCAAGCUCAGGAUAUUUCUCAAACAUUCAACGGAAAUGUCAUUCGAAUUGGAGCAGUGAUAUUCAUCCCAGGCCUGAUCGUCAUUGUAAUUCUUGUACUGAGGUCCCGUCAGCAGAAGCAGCGCAGAAGUGUUGUGCAGUAUGACCACAGCGCCCCCACUGUCCAGAUCAGAAACUGAGCCUCCCGUGGGUGUGGGAAGUCCCCAUAUCUCAGCAUCAACAGAAAGUGUUAAAGGAGUAACAUGGUGGUUGAACGUGACACUUCCCAGUUGUCUUUAGGCAACAACAAAACAAAUGUGCAUAUUUUUUUUAUUAUUCAGUCAUUUCAAUGUACUUUAAAACGUAUUUUUCUAAGCCUAAAUUUCCCACUAUAAAAGUACACCCGAACGGUCUGGGCGUGGUAAUGAGAACUGUCAGUUAGCUAUGAUUGACAGACCGUGCCCCGUUUCCAUAGCUACCCCCAUGAUACGCUCUCUUUUUGAGACACUCAUCACAAGCUAGCUAGCUUAGCAGUAUAUCAAGUAUCGAUAGAUAGCUAAGGUAAGGACGUUGACUUAUAUCCAAUUAUAAUUUUUGCUAUCUAGCUAGCCAAGUUAAGAUAAACGCACAACUAUAAUGUCCUCAUAAAAGCAAACUAGCUAGCUAACGUUAUCGAUAACAUUGCCUUAUGAAAGCAAACUACCUAGCUAGCUAACGUUAGCUAGCUAGCUAAAUGAAUAUAACCAGAAAUAAUCUAAUAGUCCUUAAAAGGCACUCUAAUUUAAGUGAACCUAACGUUAGCCAAAUAUUUGCAUUGUCUUGCCUGUAAGCCAGCGGCGCAAACUAUGGGUCUCGACUUAUCCAUGGGUUUACGGGGCGUGGAAAGGGGAGUGGUUACUGUGUUCGUGACGCACCAAGUUGACAACUUUCUCAACCGGUUGAAAAUAGGACGAUAAAUUUAAAACGCAUAUUUCUCCAAAAAUACAGAACGGACAUAUUUAAUACUUUACUCAUUGUGUUUCUUCAAUGCCUCUUGUGCAAAUAGCACAUAAAACCGAGAAAGUGUGAAAAUCACUAUGGUACUCCUUUAAGGGGAACCGACCCCAAAAAAAAGAACAAUAAACAGGAGAGUUGCAAACUUUCCCCAAACCCCUCAGCGCCCCCGCUCCACAGCCCCCUGUCCCCCUCUGAGUUUAGGGUUAUAAACAGGCCCUGAGCCACGCUGGCGUCUGCCCCCCCCCAGAGGGAGGAAUUCGGUCAGCUGCAACACGACUGCGGCUCUCGGCUCCCCCUGCUGGUCGGUCGGGUGAACUUCUGAGACUGAGGCUGCUUCCUCAGUCUGCGCGGGCAGCGCCGCCCACAGACGGACGCGUGUGUGCGGCGGGAGCGCUCGACGGCCGCGGCGUCACAGGAAGUGGCGGUUUGACGGCGCGCGUGUCAAAGGAGAGCGAGCGCACGACCGCGCUCUCUCAAUCUGAGGGCGGUCGGUGAAUACGAUUGGACGCUCCAAAUUGGGAGGGAAAAAAAAACGACUGCAAGCAUGACACAAAAUGGCGUGGGCAUUCGCCAUCCCGUGGGCAUCCGUCACAGUGGGAACCCCGAGUCAGAGCUGCCCCAGAAACACACCCCCUACACCCCAGAGACCCUUUUCUCUGACCCCGGUGCCUGUUGCCAUGAAGACAGCAAACUGUAUAUUCUGUAAAUACUGUAGAGGUGUACCAUACCCUUUGUAAGCUGUAAAUUUGUUCAAUGCAAACAUUAAAAUAUGACACAAAACUG